AUGGCGGAAAUUAAAAAACUGAUGUUGGACAAAAUUUUAAUGAAGAUGAAAAGGUUCAACAUGAAUGAACUUCAACAGCUAUUCAAAAUCUUACAUUUGAACCUGGAAUGGAAAGAUAUUAUCAAUAUAGUAUCUGAAUGCCGGCUACGUUUAAGUGUUGCAAAUGUUGUGACAGUAGUACAUCAGCAUUUAAAAGAUGGUGAUUCUGUUGAUGAAACAUACCAUCGAGUCUUGUUAGUGGACUCCAUCUUCCAUCAAAAUAGUCAGUGGUGGACAGUGACUAUUGAUAAAGUUAACAAACAAUUAUUAGACAAAGAGAUAAUUAGAAAUAAUAUUGAGGCCAUGUUAAACAAAUUGAAUAUUAAAGCAGUUACAUAUGUUAUGAAGUGUAACAAAUUGUUUUGGGUUUUAAUAGAUAUUAAUGAUACAAAAAUAAAACAAACUACCGUAAAAUUAAACAAACCAUAUUUUUUCACCAUAGCACCGGGAAAAGUGUUCCAUGUUUUUUACAAACCACAAAAUAUUGAAAAUAGACUGUUGAAAAUUGUUAUAAAAUCAGUCGGUGCCAGUAAAUGUAAGGCCUACUCACUGUCGGGCAAACAUCUGCCGUCAAUGGUUAGUUUGUUGGAAGAUAAGAAUAGAGAUAAUCAAAAAAAAAAGGAAGUGCCAACAUUGCUUAACAAUCACAAGGAAGAAGACGUUAAAGAAUAUGUUCAAAAACUAUUUGGGGAAAAACGUUUGGUACUUAACGAGUUCACAAUAAAUGUGGAGAGUGAUAUGUCAGUUUUCAGCAAUAGCAAUCCAGCCGGCAAGAUGUGCAAAACCAAAGUGGUUCUGAAAGGUGAUAAUAUAAUAGAUAGUGUUAAAGACAUGAUGUUGUCAGGUGUAUUGCAACCACCAUAUCCAGAUUGGGCUACAAAUCUACCGGUAUUGGGUAAGAAUUGUGUAAAUGUUAAUGUACACCCUUAA